AUGAAAUUACUUUUCCAAGAGCUUUGUGCCGCGAAUUAUGAUUGGGAUGGCGAAUUACAUGAAGAGAAAAAGCAGACACUAAACGCAUGGUUAAAAGAGCUUCGUGAAACGAAAUUCAUUGAAGUCGAUAGGUGUUUGUAUAAGAGUCCGAAAGAGAAAAUAUUAGAGUACCAAUUUCACGGGUUCGCAAAUGCGAGCAAUAAGGCGUAUUCAGCUGUUGUGUAUGUUUUAAGCCGGACGCAGAAUGGUUAUUAUGCACGUUUGAUCGCGAGCAAGUCGAGGGUAGCACCGCUAAAAACUUUGACGAUACCCAGGCUAGAGUUGAUGUCUGAAACUAGAUUGAUGCAUGCAAUUAAGAACGCCCUAGGAUCGCAGAUAGAAGCUAGCCAAAUAACAUAUUGGCUUGACAGCAAAACCGCGCUAUGUUGGAUCCAAAAUCGAGGGGAAUGGAAGCAAUUUGUGCGCCAUAGAGUAAAUGAAAUAUUGAAAUUAAGCAGUAAGCGAGAAUGGAGACAUUGCCCGGGAGAACAUAACGUGGCAGAUAUAGGAUCACGGGGAAUAGGCGCCUUGCAAUUAAGCAUGAAAGAGGUAUGGUGGUACGGCCCAUCAUGGUUGACUAAAGGCGAACACGCAUGGCCCGCAUCAGAAAGCACUGCAAGUGCAAGCACAGAAGAGAGUAAGGCUGAAGAGAAAAAGACGGCAGUUACGCUGCUUACGGAAACGCAAUUGCAAGAAGCUGAGAGCAUUAAUCGCGUAAUAUCGAUAGACGACUUCAGUAGUCGACUAACACUUCUAAGAAUAACAGCAUGGGUGCGGCGCUUCGCUUUUAACUGCCUUGCGAGAUCGAGAGCGGUCGAACGGUUGAGGGGACCACUAACCAAAGCUGAGUACAGUACUGCAUUAAGAGACUGGGUGAUCGAGGCGCAAAAUAGUUUAAGACGGCAAGCGAAUUUUGAACAACUAAGAGUUCAGUUUGGGAUUGAGGAAGAACAGGGAGUCCUCAAAUGUGUCGGACGAUUGCUCAAUUCGGAAUUAAGUAUGGAAGCACGAAAACCCAUAAUACUCCCAUGUGAGCACAGACUAACGAAAUUGAUAAUAAUAGAGUGCCACGCUGCGGUACAUCAUGGCGGCGUGAGAGCAACACAAACAGAAUUAAGAUCGAGAUUUUGGGUGCCAAAGGGAAGGCAAACCGUCAAAAAGAUUUUGAAUGCUUGUGUCAUUUGCAAAAGAUGGCAGGGCACGUCUUAUAGUAAUCCAAAAACAGCAGCUAUGCCCGAAUUUCGAGUAAGAGAGACAGCACCAUUUUCUAAGGUAGGAAUCGAUUUUGCGGGACCGCUGUUUGUGAAAGAAAGGAAGUCGAAGGAUAUGAGCAAAGCAUACAUAGCCGUAUUCACAUGUUGUGUCACUAGAGCUGUCCAUUUAGAGCUUGUUAAUGAUUUAUCGGCAGCGACAUUUCUAAAAGCGUUAAGACGAUUCACAGCGCGACGAGGAACGCCAUGUUUAAUUGUUUCGGACAACGCUAAAACAUUUAAAGCGGCGGCUAAGGCAAUUAAUAAACUUCAAAACCACCCAGAAAUUAGACACGAAUUAGAUAAGUUGCAAGUAGAAUGGAAAUUUAAUUUGGAACGGGCCCCAUGGUGGGGUGGAUUUUUCGCGAUUAUGGUCGGUAGUGUAAAAAGAUGUUUAAGAAAAGUAUUAGGAAGGGCUAGGUUGACAUAUGACGAAUUGAUGACGAUCUUAGUUGAGAUUGAAGGAACAUUGAAUUCUAGGCCACUGACAUACGAAUAUAACGAAGCAGACGCGGAAACAUUAACCCCAUCACACUUAAUCUUUGGAAGGAGAAUAAAAUCAUUACCAGAUGCACCAAAAGAAGAAGAAGAAGAGAAUGAAACUAAUUGUACUAGAAGAUUCAAACACUUGAGCACUAGAUUAAUGCAUUUCUGGAAUAGGUGGAGAAACGAAUAUCUUUCAGGGCUUAGAGAAUAUCAUAAGAAUAGGACAGACAAAGGGAAAAAGGUAGUACAGGUGGGAGAUAUAGUUACAGUACAGGAAGAUGAUGUUAAGCGAGGCAGCUGGAAAACAGCAGUAGUGGAAGGCCUUGUGAUUGGUAAGGACAAGGUUGUUAGGGGCGCGAAAAUUCGGGUCAUAACAAAAGGUAACCCAAUUCGUAUGAGAAGGCCUGUACAAAAACUCUAUCCGCUUGAGAUCCGGUGUAAGACCGAGCAAUUACGAAAGGCAGGGGUGAUAGGCGGUGAAGAGUCCAAGUCGGGAAAUUCGGCCAAAGGAACCUCUGAGAGAAAUGUCCCUCGGAGGGCAGCAGCGAUUUCUUCUGAACGAAAAACGAGAGAGAUGAUUGACUUGUAA